AUGUUUUGGAAAAAGGAUCCCAGUGUUACUUGGGAAAGAAAAAAUAUCAACAACAUUGAUUUUAGCCAUCUUAAUGUGGCAAUAAUCGGCGGUACAGGUGGAAUUGGACGUGCUAUAAGUAGAGAGUUGGCUCAGAGAGACGCUAAGGUGACUGUUGUGGGGCAAACAUUCAGGGACGAAGACUUGAAAGACAAGAUUAAGUUUGUCAAGGCUGACUUGAGUCUAGCAUCUGAGUGCAAGCGUAUCUCUCACAGUGAUGAAAUCCCUUAUGAAGAGUUGACGCAUUUAAUUUUCACCACAGGCAUCUUUGCAUCGCGCCAAAAGCAGAUUACAAGUGAGGGAUUGGAGAAAGAUAUGGCAGUGAGUUAUUUGAGCAGAUAUAUCAUUUUCCAUGACGUCGCUAAUCGAUUAGGAAUCAACAGAAUGAAAAAGGACGAUUUGCCAAAAGUGUUCGUAGCAGGGUUUCCAGGCAAUGGUCAAAUGGGGGAUCCAGACGAUCUAAACUCUGAUGGAAAAAACUAUAGUGCCUAUGCCACGCACAUGAAUACAGUGGCAGCUAACGAAAGCCUCGUUCUAGACGCUAAGUACAGGUUCACGAACAUAGAUACUUUUGGUUUAAACCCCGGCUUAAUCAAGACAAAUAUUCGUAGCAAUCUCCUUGGCAGUGAUUCCUAUCUUAGCCGCAUCACAGAAUGGAUCAUUAGUUGGACUUGUCAAAGUGCAGAGACGUAUGCCAAAAUGAUCUGUACUUUGAUUGUAAGCCCUGCCAUUGAAUCACGUAGUGGAACAAUGUUUAGUAACAAAGGUGAUGCCAUUUUGCCCACGCCCGGUUUGACCAAAGAUGUUGUUGGAAAAUUCAUGAAAAAUUCGGAACUGCUGGUGGAAAAAGCCUUGCAGAGCCAAAGUCCUUCUACGUCCAGUAACGAAUAA